AGACUCAGUGUGAUCAUGUGACGGACUCGCGAGCGCAAGAAGAGCUGUUCGGUAACGGAGGACCGAAUGCCAAUCUCAUUGAGAAAGCGCCUUUAUUGCGCGUGAGAGACAGGGGGGACAGACGUUUCUAGUGCUGCACACAUACAAAGACAGACAAGACACAGGAAGCUUUGGGGAACUCGGGGAAAGGGUGCAUUUUCACCGCCUCAAGAGGAAGUUAAGGACAAAUCUCUCGCUAAAAUAAAUCUUAAGAGGGACACUGGGCACGCGGGAGUACGUCGCCUUUGCGAGUAACUUGUGGGAUUUAUUGGGAAUUGUUUUUGAAAGGAGACCUGAAAGGCUUCACUCUCCACCCGUAUAUAUUUCAUUUUGUUCAUUUAAUUUCAUUUCAUCAGCUGCCCUAAAACAACUGUCAUCCCAGAAUUGCAGUAUUGCAGCAGCGGAUUGUGCGUAAAGACAGAGACAGCAUCCUUUGCCGCGGAAGACUCACAGGCACUUGCCUUCCUCACUUGCGUUUUUGUACUCUAUUUAUUAUUUAUAUUCCAGCCUUUAUUUAUUUUGGGACUUUUUCCUGUCUAUUUUGGGGCGUCAGUGGUGAUUUCUGUGGAAUAUGGUGGGGGAAAUGGAAACGAAAGAAAAGCCGAAGCCGACCCCUGAUUAUCUGAUGCAGCUCAUGAACGAUAAGAAACUGAUGAGCAGUCUGCCCAACUUCUGCGGGAUCUUCAACCACCUCGAACGGCUUCUCGACGAAGAGAUCAGCAGGGUACGAAAGGACAUGUACAAUGACACAUUAAACGGCAGCACGGAGAAGAGAAGCUCAGAGCUCCCGGACGCCGUCGGCCCCAUCGUUCAGCUCCAAGAGAAACUCUAUGUGCCUGUUAAAGAAUAUCCAGACUUUAAUUUUGUGGGCCGGAUCUUGGGCCCGCGGGGGCUCACGGCCAAGCAGCUGGAGGCCGAGACCGGAUGCAAGAUCAUGGUGAGAGGGAAAGGCUCCAUGAGGGACAAAAAGAAGGAGGAACAGAACCGAGGCAAACCCAACUGGGAGCAUCUGAAUGAGGACCUCCAUGUGCUCAUCACGGUGGAGGACGCCCAGAACCGGGCUGAGAUCAAGCUCAAGCGUGCAGUGGAGGAGGUUAACAAGCUACUCGUGCCUGCGGCCGAAGGAGAGGACAGUCUGAAGAAGAUGCAACUGAUGGAACUGGCCAUUCUCAACGGCACCUACAGAGAUGCCAAUAUCAAAUCACCUGCCCUUGCGUUCUCUCUUGCAGCGAGCGCCCAGGCGCCUCGGAUCAUCACCGGCCCAGCGCCUGGCCUGCCGCCCACAGCCUUGCGCACGCCUACGCCCGCAGGGCCGACCCUCAUGCCCCUCAUCCGCCAGAUCCAGACCGUCAUGCCCAACGGCUCCACCCACCCGGCAGGCGCCACCCUAAUGCAGUCCGGUCCAGAGUCAGGCCUGAUUUACGCCACGCCCUACGAUUACCCCUACACACUGGGCCCCGCCACCUCCAUUCUGGAGUAUCCCAUCGACUCCAGCGGGGUGUUAGCAGGUGCGGUGACAGCUAAAGUUCGAAGGCACGAACUGCGCGUCCAUCCUUACCAAAGGGUAGUGACCGCAGACAGAGCCACCACUGGCAACUAACCCCUGACCUUCUGACCUCUUCACCCAAUGAUGACCUGCCCAUUACCUGCCUGCAGAUCACAUCUCUGCCCUAAAAUGAAUGAAUGAAAGACAAAAAAAAAAAAAAAAGAGUAUCUAAGAGCUGUCCCAGGCAGUGGAUAUACAGCUUGCACUCGUUGGACACGGAGACGCUCCUGCCGCAGUAGAUCUGCACUCUUUGUAAGCAAUAAGCAAUAAUGAUUUGCCCCGCUCCCUCUAAAUCAAAGCCAGACCUUCAGCGAUCCCAGUUCGCUGUCAAAACCCUACAGCUCCACGACAGCGCUGAGGAAACGGACCGCUCCAGUGAUCCUGCAGUUACGGUAAUGAGUCUGAAUGUAACGCAUGACGGGGUGAAUGGUGCAUGCACAUCUGUGUCGCAUCAUC